AUGUCAAACCUGGCGAUUCUUUCUCUUGAGAGAAAUGAGAGUUGGUCGAAAGCACAGGCAAAGGCACGCGCGGCCACCUGUAUCAUCCAUGUCUCUAACCCUGAUUCGUUUGUGUCCAUCGGGGCUUCAAUCAGUCAAGGCACUGGCACACUUGUUGAUGCAUCGCGCGGCAUUGUUCUUACGUGCAGACGCGUCAUAGGUAACGGCCCUUCCUUGGGUCAUGCCGUGUUUGGAACAAAGGAGUAUCGUAUCGAGCGAUUAUACAGUGAUCCAGUCCACGACUUCGCCUUUGUCAAGCUGCUUACCAAGAAUGGACAAAUACCCGAAGACCUUCCGGAGGGCAUUAAUCUACACCCUGAGCAAGCCUACCAAGGGUGCAAGAUCUGCACCGUCAGUAACCCUGGAGGUCAAGAGAGCAAUAUUGGGCAGGGUUAUAUCUCCCGCACCAACUCUAAUGUCCGCGAAUGGGACUUCGACGAAUGCAACACGGAGCUGAUGACGGCCGCGAUGAAUUGCGAAGGAGGCUCUAUUGGCUGCUCGGCCAUCAACAUCCAGGGCAAUGGUCUUGGGAUCAUGAUCGGCUUUGAGGGCACUGUCAUCAAUCUAUUGCCAGUUGAUUUACCGCGGAAAGCCCUUGAGCGUCUUCAAGAUUACGCGCCCGUCAACCGAGGAACUCUUCAGGUCAAGUGGGAACUCAAGCCACUUUAUGAGUGUGAUAGACUCCAGCUUGGCCAGGAGUGGUUGUCUCGCUUUGAAGAUGAAAGGGUGGAGUACCUGGGACUCGCUGUGGUGCGUCGUGGAACGUUCAGUAUGUUCGAUGAGGUCACAAUCACGAUCAAUGGCAGAAUCAAUGUCUCGGCUAGCGUUGGUUUCUUGCACCCGGCACUAGACUUAGCUGUGCUGAAGUUCGGCCCAGUCGGAAUUGCAAACGCUUUUAUGUCCGACCCUGCUCUUACCGACAACCCGCUUCGACAAGGAGAUACUGUAUAUCAUGCCCCUUUCGGUCUCUCUGGCAACAUCAUCAACAAGACGCAAGUUGAGAAUAUUGAUGAAGACUCGGCAUAUCGCUUCCACGAUGACACGUCACCGUUCACCGCCUUCUCCUGCACGACCUGUCAUCUUCGUAUCCCUCCCAAAACCUACCAGACUGAGGGUAUCCUGUUAAACCAGGAUGGCACUGUUGCUGGUCUGAUGCUCCCAUCUUGUGCCAUAAUUCCGUCAGCCUUAAUACGGGACAUGAUCGAGCAUGUUCGAAGUGGCCAAGUGGGGAAAUUCAUAUUCCGGGACUUUGACGUUCAUCGUAUGUUGCUAGCUGAUGCUUUCCUGCAAGGACUGGACCGGAAGUGGGGAGAAGCCAUCACACACAAACAUGUGUUGUGUAUUGGGAAGGUACCAAUCGAAAGCCCCUUGCGGUCGUCUAGCAUGAUCAAGCACCCGCUACGCCAUGGAGACAUCAUUCUCAAGGUCGAAGGGCUCCGGGUCAGCACAGUUUCAGAAGUUGGCUUCCAUUACUUGAAGCCCGUUCUGAGCAUCUUGCUAUUCCGCAAUGGCGAAGAGAUCGAAGUUGAAGUACCCACACUCUCUCUCCAAGAUGUCACCAUCGACACGGUAGUCAGUUUCUGCGGCAGCUGGUUGCAGAAGCCUCCUCUUGCUACACGCAUGUCCGGUCGUCCUGUUCAUUCUCAGGUAUACACCACAGCUUUUAUGAAAGGAGGCCAGGCCGAUAUGUUCGAGUUGAAAAACGGAGCUUUCAUCGUCGGAGUAGACGGGAACACAAUCUCAACGAUGGCGGACUUCGUGGGCCACGUAGCCAAGAUACCUUUCGAAAAAUACUUUCGGGUUGAGUUUAUUCCCGAAACGCAGGAACACAGGGUCAUCACCAUGAUGAAAAGUGUCAUAGGCCCUACACUUCUCUGGCGAAAGUUGCCCUCCCAAAAUGAGGAAAAGGUUACGGUCAGUGUGGUUGACGACGAGCAGUGGAGUCAAGGAUGGACACUGCCUAGGGCCAAGAGCGAGCGCAUCCUUCUUGAGCCGCCAAAGUAUUGGCAUGGAGGAUUCUGUGAUUUGAGUCAGCGAGUCAGCGCGACCAAAGUCGCUACUCUGAAAGAGCGGAGCGUCUGGGUCGUUGCAUCCGCUCCGGAAGGGGGAGGGGGCCAGGAUUCCGCGCCGCUGACAUGCCUAGCCAUUACCAGUGGCGACGCCCUAGCCAAUUGA